CUCACACUCAAAACCACACCACUGGCACACGAAUAACGCUCACACAUGAAAAUGAUUUUAUGACACCUAUGAAGACGAAUCACAUUAUCAACGGGUAUUUCUUACGUCAUCAUUAUGUCUCAAACGAGCACCCCUCAUCCUCGAACUCAACUACAACAGAGCUUUGUGCUCAGUCCCAUCACCGCCCUCGAGAUCUAUCAUGCCGAGUCCAACUCUUCAUACCUCCUUGCAGGUGAAGACACCUGGCUCAGAAUUUACGACGUAGCCACCUCUCGCCUCGUCAGCCAACUCAGAGUUUUCAACUCACAGCCUAUCCAUGGAAUUCAUGCUUGGAAAUCUGAGGAUGGCACCCCAACAACAGAAGGGGGAUUCUUGAUUUGGGGUGGGCAAUCUGUCAUGGUUCUCCCACCGUCGUCAGUUGCAUCCCUCAUUCAAGGAACCGCCCCUACCGAGUUACCCACCGAGUUUCAAGCGCCAGACUGGAUCUACGAUGGCAUCCUCUUCUCUUGCAACGGCGAGACUCUGGGCGCGCUAGUCACCGCUCAUAACGAAAUUGUCACUCUCAAACUCAGUUCAGACGGAAACCUCCUUGAGCUAGGGCCUGUGGUGUCGCCAUCGAGGCCCAUCCUGUAUUCUGCGAACCUCAUGUUUCUGGGCGACAACACCAUCCUCGUAGCAGGCGGCACAGUAUUCGGGGAGAUUAUUGUCUGGAAAUACUACCUGGACUCUUGCAGGCCGUCUCAAUGGGAGGUGCUAUACGUGUUUGGUGGACACGAAGGGUCGAUUUUCGGUGUUACUAUAUCACCAGAGCUCGAAUUUAGCCCUGGGUCAAAGUUCAGGCUACUGGCAAGCUGCAGUGACGAUAGAACAAUAAGGAUAUGGGACAUUACUAAUCGACAUCUCAUUGUCCGGGAAAAUGGAAUGGAAAUAGAUUCCAAAGCCCUUGGGGAAGGGAGAGAGACCGGUUUUGGUGGUAAUUCGGAAGUGAAGGAGGAGAACAAAAAAGACUCAACAAGAUGUGUGGCAGUUGCCAUGGGACAUUUGUCAAGGAUAUGGCAUGUCAAGUUUGGGGAAUACACAUCGAGAUCAAAUGGUUCCAUUAAUGUGUACUCAUUCGGCGAGGAUACUACAAGACAAAAAUGGGAGUUGAGUCUUGACUUGACUGGGUCGGAAGGGCCAAAGGGGGCUUUGAAGCACCGCACGACUGACGGUUGCCAUAACGGCAAGAAUAUUUGGUCCGCUGCUGUCUCGAAUAGGGAGGGACGGGCUUCCAUAAUAGCCACUGGCGGAGCGGAUGGAAAGAUUGUCGUUUCUGGGGGUUUGUCAAAUUCAGCCUCCGAGGGUGGCUUUGAGGAUUUUGAUCUCAAUCUUUCUUUUGAUGACGUUCUUGAACACAUUCAAAAGAACUCAGAGACUUCCUUAAUGAGCCCUCUGGCGAAAGGAGACCCCAGGCAAGCCUUUCAAAAGUACGCCUUCCUGUCGGAUUCCAGGGUGGUUUCAACCACAUCUCCCGGGAGGAUAUUCAUGGCUGAUAUCCAAGGAAAACCAAAAUGGAGGGAGGUACAGCUGCCUGCUGAGGUUGUGGCUGAUUUGAGGUCCUACAAUGUUAUGAAGACCGUGGCUGCGGACACAGUUGUUCUCGGCAGCGCGGCUGGAAAUGUCUAUGUCUUGCAAAGCGAAAAGCCAAUCCGCUCUGUUGGACAAUUGCCGGGAAAGAUUCAGGAUAUUCUGCCGCUUGUGGCCGCCGAUGCUCAGAAUUGGCAGGCAGUCGUCACGGUGCUGGGUGCCGACCGCGCUUAUAUUCUCAGUUUCAACGCUUCAACGAACGAACCAAGCUUUGGCGAUGUUACCCUUUCUCUCAAGGAAAACUACAUCCCUACAGCGGCAGCUCGAGUUGGUUCAGUUAUUAUGCUGGGGUCUCGCGUGGGUUUCGUCACCUCCUAUCCCAACUCGGGAGACGCAACCGAUGUCCUCUUCCCAGGGUGCUCCUGCCGGGAUCCCAAAACCAAAGACGCCAUUACCGCCAUUGUGCCUUUGCCUGGAUGUUCCCGCGAGUUUCUUACCACAUGUCGGGACGGAAUAUACCGCAUGUACACCCUUAGGGCGGACAAUCGUACCUUUAGUCUCCGACAUGAAAUCUCACCGCCAAUGGGCAUGAUCGAGGGUGCUUGGUUCACCACAGCCGAGAACCCAGAACUCAUCCUCCAUGGAUUCAAAGGAAAACAGUUCAUCUACUACAAUGCUACAACAUCCGCCGUCCUAGCAUCCCUUGAAUGCGGCGGCGCCCACCGCUCCUUCGCCAUUAUCUCCGCCUUGUCGAACCCCAACGCCCUUCGCCUGGUUUUCACCAAAUCCUCUCACCUCCGCUUCUACUCACAAUCGUCCACCUUCCUCAGAACCAUCAAGGAAGGCGGUCAUGGUAGAGAAAUCCGUGCUGUAGCGUGCAGCUCCUCGUUCAAGUACAUCGCCACAGCAGCAGAAGACACCGUGAUCCGCAUCUGGACACACUCGCCAACCGGACAAGGUUUCAAGUGUCUUGCCACGCUAGAGAAGCACUCCUCCGGCAUCCAGUCCCUCCAGUGGAAGGGUGACAGCACCCUCGUUAGCUGCGGCGGAAGCGAGGAGCUCUUCAUAUGGGACAUCACCCGUCUCGAAUCAGACUAUGAGACCAUCGCUGUUAAAUGCGAAGCUGUCUGGAACUUCCAAAGCAAGGACAAAGACCUGCGGAUCAUGGCCUUUUCCUGGUCAACCAACUACAUCGGGGAGUACCACAACGAGUUUGCGAUUGCGCUUUCCAACUCCACCAUCCAGACGUAUGCCUAUGGCGAAAGGACUCAGGAAUUCGAGUUUGGCAGCGAGGCGAAAUAUACGGGCGCUUGUCCGACGCAGUUGCGAUUCUUGUCUAAUGGAGACAUCCUGGUGGCGUAUACCGACGGCCACAUCGCCAUUUGGACACGUACAGACCUGAACAUAAACCCGGAUGUUGGGCACGCGAAUAACUCGCCGCUGAGGUUGAAGUUGUUGUUGAAGGUGCAUCAGAGUAGUAUCAAGUCUCUUGAUGUAGUUGAUCUGGAAGACUGUCACUAUGUUAUCUCCACGGGUGGAGACGAUAACGCUCUUGUCAUCACUGAUUUGAGGAUGGAGGAGAAUGAUGUGAAGUAUGUGGUGAGUGGGCGGUACAGGGUGUCUUCUGCUCACGGCGCGGCUGUGACGGGGAUGAAGAUUGUGAGGGAUGAUACGGAUAUGAUUGAGGUGGUGACGGUGAGCAAUGACCAGAGGAUCAAGCUUUGGAGAGCGGUACCUGGAGAGGGCGGACAGGGGAUGGAGAUAUCGCUGCAGGAUAAUAGGUACAGUGGGAUAGCUGAUGUGGGGGAUGUGGAGGUUAUUGAGUCAGGGAAGGUGCUGGUGGGUGGUGUUGGCAUGGAGGUUUGGGAUUUUAACCCGUUCAAGUGACUAUGAAAGGACAGAGGAAAGAAAACAGAAAAGGGCUAGACAAAAGUUCAUUUUGCACCAUACAUCAAAAAGAUUUCUCGCAAUUGAUGACACGCAC